UCCUCGGAGCCGGAGGCCAGAGUAGGGAACAGCAACACAAGUUUGUUUUAUUCUUUCAGCUCCAAUACAUAAAGACUUUUGAAUAAGCAUUGCAUGAAUACGGAAUAGCCUGUGUGAUUAGCCAGUUCAACAAAACAGCUGAUUCGUAGCACCAGCACCGGAGACGUUUACUGGAGAUUGAAGUUCAUGUGGAUAGCUGCCGUGGGCUCGCGGCAGCACUACUCCUCCCUGUGUCAAGGGGUCUAAUGGUUUAAGUGUUCAAAAUGUCGCUAGGCUUACCCCAACAUCUUGGCCAGCAACACAAUCAUCACGUUCUGCUUCUUCUAGUCGUUGUUGUCUUCUUGAGCCCUACGCCAGGUGCCACGCAGACGCCCGGGGAUUGUGGCAUACCGACUGUUCAGGGUGGCAGUGUCCCACAACUUCCCAAGACCACAGCCGGGGCCAUCGCCAUGGUGACUUGUAGUACAGGUUACGCAAUGAAUCCAUCACUGCCCGCGUCAAUCACAUGCCAAGACAAUGGCACCUGGAGUACAAGCCCAUGUGUCCAAUAUCCCGAACUAGACAGCUACAGCUUUUGUCCACGUACCCACACUGUUCUCCGGGAUGCAUUUCGUUGGGGAAAAGUCAACUAUACAACCGCUCUGAAAGGCUGUGAUUUGCACAAUGGCAAGAUAUUGAGCGUGGAGUCCUUUCAAGCAAACUGUACGGAUGUAAUGGACAUGAAGCUAAAAACUGUGUCCUGGAUUAACAGCAGUUAUACAGAUAAAAAUGGAAGUCAAGUACACUGGUCUACUGCCAAUUUUGGCUUUUUUGCACACAAACCGUUACAUGUUAUAUGUGAAUUUCCUGUCGGAGACCAUAUCGCUACCAUCACUGAGGACUGUGACGUCGUUUGUGACCGUGGAUAUGCGUACCACCAUAGUACACCAGGGUGCAAAGGAAUAACACAAGUCCUCUCAUGUGAUCUUCUCAAUUGCAGCGUGCCAGCCAUACAAUUUGGUAUGAGUAAUGCUUCACUCGUUCAAUAUGGUGCUGCUGUUCAGUUUACAUGCAACCAUACAUACUUUCUGGUGGGGAAUUCAUCAGCUACGUGCAACGGUGAUGGUACAUUGAGCUCAGUGCCGACAUGUUAUCGUGAUUGUGGACAGCCAAACAUAACCGGUGGUACCAUUCCAGUAUCAUCAAAGACCAUAGCCGGGACUAUGGCAACAGUGUCAUGUGCUACGAAUUGGGCAAUGAGUUCUUCUGCGUCCUCCCCCUCCACAAUCACUUGCCAAGAUAAUGGUAGUUGGACGUCAAGUGCAGGCCUGUGUGUGCGUGAUUGUGGACAGCCAGGCGUGGCGGGUGUCACCAUUCCAGCCUCAUCAAAGACCAUAGCCGGGACUGUCGCAACAGUGUCAUGUGCUACGAAUUGGGCACCGAAUUCUUCUGCGUCCUCCCCCUCCACAAUCACUUGCCAAGAUGAUGGGACUUGGACGUCAAGUGCAGGCCUGUGUGUGCGUGAUUGUGGACUUCCAACCCAAGUCUCCGGCACCAUUGUAUCAACCACGAGUACCCUAGCUGGUGCUGUCGGCACUGUGGGAUGUAUUAGUAAAUGGGCAAAGAGUUCUUCUGCGCCCUCCCCGUCCACGAUCACUUGCCAAGGUGACGGGACUUGGACAUCAAGUGCAGGCCUGUGUGUGCGUGAUUGUGGACAGCCAAGCAUAACUGGUGGCACAAUUCCAGUAUCAUCAAAGACCAUAGCCGGGACUGCUGCAACAGUGUCUUGCGAUACGAAUUGGGCAAAGAGUUCUUCUGCGCCCUCCCCGUCCACGAUCACUUGCCAAGAUGACGGGACUUGGACGUCAAGUGCAGGCCUGUGUGUGCGUGAUUGUGGACAGCCAAGCAUAACUGGUGGCACAAUUCCAGUAUCAUCAAAGACCAUAGCCGGGACUGCUGCAACAGUGUCUUGCGAUACGAAUUGGGCAAAGAGUUCUUCUGCGCCCUCCCCGUUCACGAUCACUUGCCAAGAUGACGGGACUUGGACAUCAAGUGCAGGCCUGUGUGUGCGUGAUUGUGGACAGCCAAGCAUAACUGGUGGCACAAUUCCAGUAUCAUCAAAGACCAUAGCCGGGACUGCUGCAACAGUGUCUUGCGAUACGAAUUGGGCAAAGAGUUCUUCUGCGCCCUCCCCGUCCACGAUCACUUGCCAAGAUGACGGGACUUGGACGUCAAGUGCAGGCCUGUGUGUGCGUGAUUGUGGACUUCCAACCCCAGUCUCCGGCACCAUUGCAUUAACCACGAGUACCCUAGCUGGUGCUGUCGGCACUGUGGGAUGUAUUAGUAAAUGGGCAAAGAGUCCUUCUGCGCCCUCCCCGUCCACGAUCACUUGCCAAGAUGACGGGACUUGGACAUCAAGUGCAGGCCUGUGUGUGCGUGAUUGUGGACAGCCAAGCAUAACUGGUGGCACAAUUCCAGUAUCAUCAAAGACCAUAGCCGGGACUGCUGCAACAGUGUCUUGCGAUACGAAUUGGGCAAAGAGUUCUGCUGCGCCCUCGAUGAUCACUUGCCAAGAUGACGGGACUUGGACAUCAAGUGCAGGCCUGUGUGUGCGUGAUUGUGGACUUCCAACCCCAGUCUUCGGCACCAUUGUAUCAACCACGAGUACCCUAGCUGGUGAUGUCGGCACUGUGGGAUGUAUUAGUAAAUGGGCAAAGAGUUCUUCUGCGCCCUCCCCGUCCACGAUCACUUGCCAAGAUGACGGGACUUGGACAUCAAGUGCAGGCCUGUGUGUGCGUGAUUGUGGACAGCCAAGCAUAACUGGUGGCACAAUUCCAGUAUCAUCAAAGACCAUAGCCGGGACUGCUGCAACAGUGUCUUGCGAUACGAAUUGGGCAAAGAGUUCUUCUGCGCCCUCCCCGUUCACGAUCACUUGCCAAGAUGACGGGACUUGGACAUCAAGUGCAGGCCUGUGUGUGCGUGAUUGUGGACAGCCAAACAUAACCGGUGGCACAAUUCCAGUAUCAUCAAAGACCAUAGCCGGGACUGCUGCAACAGUGUCUUGCGAUACGAAUUGGGCAAAGAGUUCUGCUGCGCCCUCCAUGAUCACUUGCCAAGAUAAUGGUCUUUGGACAUCAAGUGUAGGCCUGUGUGUGCGAGAUUGCGGUAUGGCUAGUGUAGAGGGCGGUACAGUCCUCUCGUCUUCGAGCACAAUAGCCGGGGCGGUUGUCAUGGUGACGUGUAACUCAAACUGGAUGAAGAGCUUGUCACUACCAGCACAGAUCAGUUGUCAAGAUGACGGGAGCUGGACGUCAAGUGCGGGUCUGUGCGUGCCCGAUGGUCAAUUUACGGAGUACCACUAUUGUGGUGCUACAAAGUCAAUACUGCAGCUUUAUAGCAUUCCUUUGUCCUACAACGUCGGGGAGAGCCUCUGCAGACGGACUGCGGGAAGAGAUAUAGCCAGUCACCUCACAUUCAAAAACACGUGUAUAGAGAAAUUAACCAGUCAAGUUGUCUGGCUUUUCAGGCGGCCAGACGAUGUCAAUCCAUAUGCAAGCGAUCGACAGACCCACGCUGGCACCAGACCGAUUCGUGUUGCCUGCGAAACUUCAUGUUCGCUUCCUAACACAUAUGCCCGAAUAAGACAGGUAUAUGGCAACGGAACUGUGCAGUGUGACGUGGGAUAUGAUUACAACUCCGCUCAGCCGGUGUGCUUGGAUGGUAACCAAGUCCAACGGUGCACGC